AUGCUUCUGGACAAGAAUGUCAUUCAUGAAACGCAUUAUGAGGUUCUCAAUGUCAAGGAAGAUUCAAGUUAUGAAGAAAUCCGUGCUAGUUACCGCUCCGCCAUACUCAGUUUACAUCCUGAUAAGCUAUUGAAAUCUUCUGAUGCAUCCGGCAGCAAUCAAAUUAGUGGAGAUAGAUUUCUCAAAGUACAAAAGGCAUGGGAAGUUCUUGGCGAUUCAAGCUCUCGUUUAUUUUAUGAUAAUGAGCUUCGAAGUUCAAGGCGUGAUGUCUCGGCUGUUGAUGUUGCAGAAGAUUUAAGCUUAGAGGAUAUGAUGGCUGAAGAUGACGGAGAAGCAUUAGAACUGUUUUAUCAGUGCAGAUGUGGAGAUUACUUCUCUAUAGACUCAUUGGAAUUGCAAAAAAUGGGGUAUUCCUUGUUGAGGGAUGAAAGUAGAAUAUCUAUAUUGAACAAUAAUUCUUUGCUGGGAUCACUUAUUCUUCCCUGCAGAUCAUGUUCUCUAAAAGCUCGUCUGGUAAUCAAUAUGGAUGGACAUUGA